AUGGCAGGUACAGGCUAACAACUUAAAGGAUAGAUUAACAUUCCAAUUAUAUCUUCUAUCAGAUUAGGAAAUUCUAAACAAACUAUCUCAAGCAACACCAGGAAUCAUAAUCUUAGAUAAAGAACUUAUAUUCCCAUAAGGAGUAUACAGGAAACUUUUAACUAUAUUUAGUAGAACCAAAUACCCUCUUAGAAGUACCUAUAGUAUGUUAUGAGUUAGUAAAUAUAGUAGCAAGAUGAUUCGAAUCUGAUUUACACAAAGGAAAAAAUUAAGAAGCUCAAAGAUGAGAAAAUAAAGCUUCAUCUACUAUUAACUGAUACUGAGGAGAAAUUCAAAAGGAAAUUAGAUAAAGUGAGAAGAAAAUCAGAGGAUUUGCAAGAUAAAUAAUCUAGAGUUAGAGGUAAACGACUAAAGGACACUAAUCACAUGUAUCUCAACUAAAUAAAGCAAUAAAUGGUUCUCUCCAGGAUUUAAGAAUAGGAACUUAUCAAGCUCAGAAAAGAAUAAUAGAGAACGAAGAGCUUCAAGCUCAUAAAAAGAGCAUUGAUCUGUAUUCUUCUAGUAAAUUAUGAUUUAGGUACUGGAUAGAGUAUCAAUCUAGAUUCGAACAAGAUUAAACUUCCAGAUUUCUUUAAAUAGUAGAGUAUGACUUCUAAUUUAAUGCUUGCCAAUAUUGGUGAUAACAAACUAAUCGAAGAAAACAGCAAUUGA